CAUUUCUCUCCUCUCGAGUUAUCAUGCUGACAGCUCGGCACUGAUGAUCAGUGUGCCCUGAUGACCAGUGUGGCCCCGGAAGUGCCACCUGUCAGUGUCCAUCAGUGCCAGCUGUCAGUGCUGAACAGUGCCACGUGCCAGUGCCCAUCAGUGCCACAUAUCAGUGCUUACCAGUGCACAUUAAUGCCACAUGUCAGUGCCCAUCUGAGCUGCCUUUCAGUGUCACCCAUCAGUGUCAGUCAGUGCCACCUAUCAAUGCCAAUCAGUGCCACCUAUCAGUGCAGCCAGUCAGUG